AGUGUCCCGCGCAUGCGCAGAGGGAUGCACAGGUUGGCUUCGCGCUCCCGGGAGGAAGCCGGAGAACAGGUUAUGUGGGGGCCGGCGGGGGCAUUUGCCAGGGACACCGCGCGCGAGCCGGAAGUGGAGGCUGCGCCAGCUGCGCCCGCCGCGCCGCAGGAGCUCCGGGCUAGACGGUGGCGACGGCGGCCCCUCGGCGGGAGGAGGACGAUGAGGAGCGGCGGGGGCGGCGCGGGGCCUCGCUGCAGCGGGGAACCGGGUUCCGAGCCCGCGGCCGACUGCGCAGCCCGCCCGCGAGCCUGAGAUACCUACGUGGAGCUACCAUGGAAAAAUCCUGGAUGCUGUGGAGCUUCAUUGAAAGAUGGCUACUGGCCUUGGCGUCCUGGUCUUGGGCUCUCUGCCGCAUCUCUCUGUUACCUUUGAUAGUGACUUUUCAUCUGUAUGGCGGCAUUGUCUUACUUUUGUUAAUAUUCGUGUCAAUUGCAGGUAUCUUAUAUAAAUUCCAAGAUGUCUUGCUCUACUUUCCAGAACAGCCAUCUUCUUCCCGCCUUUAUGUUCCCAUGCCCACGGGUAUUCCCCAUGAAAACAUUUUCAUCAGAACCAAAGAUGGAGUGCGCCUGAAUCUGAUCUUGGUGAGAUACACUGGAGACAAUUCCCCCUAUUGCCCGACCAUAAUUUAUUUUCAUGGAAAUGCCGGCAACAUAGGCCACAGGUUACCAAACGCACUGCUUAUGCUGGUGAACCUCAAAGUGAAUCUUGUGCUUGUUGAUUACCGGGGGUAUGGGAAAAGUGAAGGAGAAGCCAGUGAAGAAGGACUGUAUUUGGAUUCUGAAGCUNUACUAGACUAUGUAAUGACGAGACCUGACCUCNAUAAGACAAAGGUUUUCCUUUUUGGCCGCUCCCUGGGAGGAGCAGUGGCCAUUCACUUGGCUUCUGAGAAUUCUCACAGGAUUUCAGCCAUCAUGGUGGAGAACACAUUCCUAAGCAUACCACACAUGGCCAGCACUCUAUUUUCAUUCUUCCCANUGCGUUACCUUCCUUUAUGGUGCUAUAAAAAUAAGUUUCUGUCCUACAGAAAGAUCUCCCAGUGCAGGAUGCCUUCUCUCUUCAUCUCUGGCCUCUCUGACCAGUUGAUUCCACCCGUGAUGAUGAAANAGCUCUACNAGCUCUCUCCAUCNCGGACUAAGAGAUUAGCCAUUUUCCCAGAUGGGACGCACAACGACACAUGGCAGUGCCAAGGCUACUUCACUGCACUAGAACAAUUUAUCAAGGAAGUGAUCAAGAGUCAUUCUCCCGAAGACAUGACAAAAACAUCAUCCAAUGUCACCAUCAUCUGAUGCCAUCCUCUUGAUGGAUGCCUUGGGUUUCAGUGUGUGGAGAAUGAUGUCUUUUCUGGGUGUGUGUUCAUACUGGUCUGCACAGUGACUCUGAGCUUUGAAAGGCCUCAGCACUCCAUUCUGAUGAUCCUGUAACUUUCCAAAUUUUCAAACUGGGCUUCUUAAGAGUGCUUGAUAUUCUCAUCAGAACUCCAGCCUAGUGAAAUACCCUUAACUUUAGUUUAACACGCUGGUUUGAUAGAUGUCAUCCAAAAGGUUCUUGCUGGUUAAGUGGUAUAAUCUAAGUUGUACUCAGAUGGAGAUACAAACAAGAAACCUUCAGGUGUCUGUCUUUCCUUUAGUGAUUAUUGGGACAAUCACGGUUAGCAAGCAAGUGCUGCUGCGUUUUCACAUUAAACAUUAAGAUGAAGUGCAUGGUGGUGUUUUAUUCUUGANUUAUGCAAUGCGGUGUUUUUAAUGUAAAUAACACUGGUCACAUGCCAAUGUAUAUGGUUUCCUGGGUUAUAUCUAUUUUUAUGUAAACUCUAUUUUGUUUCGGUGAGGAAUGAGUGUGAGGCCUGUGGGCAGAUUCCAUGUUCUGCUGCUACUGAGAUCCGGCUUUUUCCUAAUAAUAAACAGGACCUUUUUCCAAUAUAGAUGUACUGUGUUUUUGUUAGGAGCUGUCUGGAUCGUGGCUAGUGAGAUAGGAGGCUAGCAUCUUACUACAGCUUUCUUUGUAUAUUGAACUUUUUAACAUUANUGAUUUUGGUUGCAGACGAAAUUUUAGCCUCUGUCAGUUUGUGAAUCUUCAGCUAAACAGUAACAGCCACAGCAAGGGAUAGAACUAGCUGAUGGUUGAGUGAGGAUAACUCAANACGUGUGCAACAGCCUUAUGCAAUGCUUUCAUCGGAAUGAAGUCCCAGUACCUAGAAUGUGCCUGACCUGACAGAGGCAAGCAUCAUUUAUUGAACUUUUUGGAAGUAAAUUUCAGAAUGAAAGAAAAACAAAAAAGCAAAUAACCAAGUAUGGCUUAAUAUUGCAGUUCUGUGUAAUGGGCUAUAUAACGUCUUAGGGGAAUUUGUCAGGUUUUUUGUCCCAGCCUAUUACACAUGNAGCAAUUAAGGAGCUGUAGGUGGGAAGUUGUGAGCCCUUUAAGCCUGGAAGCAUUUAGUAACCUUCCAGGCAGGAGGUGGAACCUGCCAGCUCCUUUCCCACAGUCCUCACCAGGUAGCUGUGCUUGAGCCCUUGCACACUAAGUCAGCUCCCACCCAUGACUGCAGAUAGCUUGGCUGUAUUAUUGACCUUCCACAGCAGCUAGAGCACAGUGAUAAUGAGUCAGUCGUCUCGACCUUAAUUUACAACUUUCCAGGAACAUAGGGCUAGAAGUACUUUUUGCCAAGUAGCAUUCUUAGCCUUCAUUUUAUGCCAAUGUUUAGAAAACAAUAAUGUAUAGCAAGUAUAAUUUCUAAAGAAUAAUGCUUUUCUAUAAAUUAUUAAUUGUAAAGAGUCUUGUUUUUUAAAGAGUUGGUAACUCGUCGUGGAGGGUGUAUUUUGUAUGUGUAAAUUCACCACAAUUAAAGGCUGCUUUUCAUCUUGUCAAUCUUUGCUAUGUAGAAUGACUGCUGAAUAGUAAUCUGCUGAAAGGGCAAUACGUAGCAACGGACAGGAUGUAGACUUGAGCUGCCAUGGCUUCCUCAGUUAGUUUUUACACUUACAGAGUACUGUGUUGGAGUCCUGUUUUCAUUACUCCCUCGGCCUGGAGGAGUUUACCAAUGUGUUGUAUCAUCCACUGAAAUGGAACAGUUGCUCCUUCCUUGCUGUUUGCUGUUUUCUGUUCAGCUUUUGCUGACUGGGACUUGUGGGGUGGAAGAACAGCAUUCAGUUAUACUACCUUGCUCUCCUAGAGAGAGUACUUCACUUCCGCAGAGACAGCUAUGUUUAAGGAUGUAGAACAUCUCUCAUUACCAGCUAUGUGUUUGAUAUGAUUUCCUUAGAUGAGUAGGAUAGAAAACAAACUCAAACUUUCGAGGGCCGUGAUAGACCCGGGCAUCAUUUCUGCAAGCUCUCAUUUGGUCUCUGAAACAUGACUACUGCAGGAGUCACUCCUUCACUUCAGACUCCUCAUUGGUGGGAAUGGUCAUGGUCUGUCAAUCUCUAACUCAUUGAGAAAUGAGAGAAAUGGAUAAGCUUAGAAAAGUCUUAAAUUCCAUAUUUUAAAGAAUAAUAGAGUGAAACUUAAGAAAAAAGAAUUGUACAGAGAAUACUGCAUACUAAAAGAAGAAUGUAUUUGUUACAGACUAAAGGAAUAGACUAGAAACCACUUGACAGCAGUUCAUGAGGUGGAUGGACAGAAAACUUCAGAACACAAUUUUAGAUCAGAGCCCUAACAUAAGAUGACCCUUGUCAGCCUCAUGUAACUGUCUUAAGGUUUUGACUGUGAUGACACAUCCAUUAAACGUUGCUUUAAAAUGGGUCAUGCAACAACUUAAGUUGGCCGGAUACACUUAUGGAAGGACUAGAGACACUUAAAUGUUGAGACAGAUCAUGGUUCUAGUAACAUCACUGGAGGGAUGGCAUGGGUGUCCCUGAAGUUAACACCUACUGAGGCUUGCCCUUCUGUUAGGCUUGGCUUGGUUGGGAGUAGACCUGAUAGAGAUGAUUAAAGCUAUCUUAGAUAGCUUUCACAUGGGUCACAUAUCAGAUAGCUUGCAUAUCAGAUAUUUACAUUAUAAUUCAUAACAGAAAAAUUAUAUUUAUGAAGUAGCAACAAAUAAUUUUAUGAUUGGAGAGUCACAACAGCAUGAGGGAACUGUAUUGAAGGGUCACAACAUUGGCAAGGUUAAGAACCAUUGCUCUAGGCCAUCAUUGACAUACUUGAGCCCUCUGAUACUCCCUCAAGCCUUUUUCCUAUUGUGUUUGACAAUUAUAUAUUUUAAAGAGAACUACAAAGAAAAAUUAGUCAUAAGUAACUCUUUUGGAAUGUUUACUUAAAUUUAGGUAUUGUCAUGUGACUCAGGUAAAGUUAGAAUUGACACAGAACAGGGGUCUAUUUUUUAGCUUGCUAGAGUAGAAAAUGCAAAACUAUAUUCUCAUUGCAUAUGUACCUCCCUCCCCCUCAUCGGAAGCACUGCUGCCUUGUGUGUUAGGCAGGCAGUCAUCUUAUUCUAGUCAACAUUUGCCAAUGAUACAGAGAUACCUCCAUUUAUAUUUUGUAUUUUAAGAAAGUAGAUUAAAGAUAGGACUGUAUAACCCACACUUUUUGACAAAAAGUGCAAUAUAAACAUAUAGCGGGUGUGUGUGCAACAUCAUAACAAUUUCUGUUGGUACAAGGUGUACUAAAGUUCAUCUUCCAUAUAGGAGCAUUCAGUAUGAAGUAAAUUAGUCCAGUUUCAUAAUCUGAGCCAUAAUUUUGUUAUUGCCAUACUUUCUUUGAAAUAGUAAUAAAAUUUUAUAACUCAAAAUUUAAUGUCCUCUUAACUAUGCGCUACCCAUGGCAAGGAAACAUUGUGGGGUUUUGUGGUUGGUAUUUAGUCCAGACUUUUUUUUCUUUCCCACAUUUCUCUUAAGGUAUACUUUCUAUUUUUCUGUACUGACAUGCAAUAAAUUGAUACAUGAACAGCU